GCUGAUGUGAUGACCACGAGGGUUGGUGACUGUUGUUACCAGCUGCUGCUGUUGUUACGACCUGUGACGCUCUACCUCAACUGACACUAUUAACUGAGUUAAUAAGCUUCAUUGUAGAGUGCUGGAAUGAGUGGCUGACUUCUUAACCUGUUAAAAAUAAGAAUUAAAAAAUGGAUUUAAAUAAAGUUAAGAAAAAAACACAUGAAGGUGGUCAUGUGAAAUUAGGAGAGAGAAUAACACGAAGGUCAAGAAGACUUGAUAGUGAAGCACUGGUGAAGGAUGAUCAACAAGUGAUGGGGAAUUCUCCUUCAGGUAUUCUACCUGACCUUGACAUUCUUGGUCUUUCAAGUUCCUCAUUACAGACUCGCCACUCCAGUGGUAAUGCUAAUGUUAAAUAUUUGGGUGAUGGCAAAAGGCAAAAUGCCUUAAGCAAAGGCUUAAAUGAAGAGAGAGAAGACAUAAAUAACUCUUCAGAAGAUAAGAUUAUUAAAGUGGAUGUUGAUAAGAAGCUGUCUAGAGCAACCAUCAAGGUUCAUCAUCUGCAAGAUAAUCCUGAGAUAAAGAAACCUUUACAUCACACUCUAGUAUUAUCUGGAUUUAUGAAUAUUUACUCAUCUAAUAUUUUUGAUAUACAUGUAAUACCACCAAGAGUUAUGGAUGAGGAAAUUUCCUCAGUAGAUUUUAUGGACAACACUGGUGGUCUUUCUAAAGACUCAUACUCACUUAAGUUCAAUAACUCUAGCCAGUCUCCUCUAAAAAAACAACAGAGAGGAAAUUUGUUGAAAAAGUCAGUCAAGAAAACUGCUCGUGGCCCUUUGAUUGUUACUAGGGUGACAACUAAGGGUAAAGAGAAUGCUCUCAACCAAAAUUUGUUGGUGAAAAGUAAAUCCAAUAUUAAAGGCACAAAUGGACAAGUUAAGGAACACCAUGAUAACUCAGGAAGCAUGGGGCAAACUAAGCUAGAAAUACUGGUGGACAACAAGCUUAGUGGCAAUUCAGCCAAUGAUGAGAAUACUCCUGAAGUGUCACUCACUGGUGACCAGCACAUUACCAGCAAUUUCCAUGUUGAUGAGCACACGCUUUCAAAAUUUCCUGUAAUUGCUCCCACACUGAGUGAGUUUACACUUGAGCCCGUGUUCACUAUACCAAACUUUGGGAUAAUAGAUGCCCCACUGUCCCAUAUGGAUGAGCACAACCAAUCAAAUCUAGGUCUGACAGAGUCGUCAAGGCAGAAUAUGGAAAGUAAAACAGUCAACAAUGGAGAUGGUGUCACUGAUGUUUCUUGUGUGAAAUAUAAUAACUUACAAGAACAAGUUAAAGGAAACAAACUCACAGAAGUUAGUGUACGUAAUGUUUCUCUCUCAGGUAAAAGAAACAAUAAAACGCCAAGUAUGAGAGGAAAUGCUGUCAAAAGGAAGAUGAAUGAAGAAGUUUAUAAAGUGCAAACCAGGAGCAACUGGAAGACAAGUCACCAAGCUUUGUCAUGCUCAAACACUACACAAGAUGCGAAUAUAACUUUAGAUACUUCUUGUUCUCCAGAAAGUAAUAUAAAUGCAUUUGAAAUUCAUGCUUUAAAGGUCUAUGAUGUUUUACCUUGGCAACAAUGUUUUGAUAAUAUGGAGGUUGGUACUGUUAUUCCUGCAAGUGUUCACAAUCCUUACACCUUAACAUUUCAAGGUACCUUUGAUGCUGGAUUUUUCCUUAAAGAAGCAAAAGGCUUGUCACUUUUUGUAUUUAAGGAAGACUGUCCAAGUUUAAAAGAUAAGACACCAAUUGCUCUGUUCAUACAGAUGUCAAAUAAAGAUUUGUUCAAAAUAAAAGGUCAAAAGAAAAGUGUUAAUCUUUUUAUUGGCACUAAACAGCUUGGAUCCAAAACUGUAGAGAAUUCAAACCAAAAUGUAAGCACUCGGAUGUUUACCUUGGGUAGUCCUGCAAGCUGUAGCACACCAAGGCACCAUCUUGGUGAGUUUGGUCUUAUUACUCCACCUUAUUCAUCUAAUGCUGCCCACAAUACUCCAAAUAGUACAUCAAAUGUUUUCAGUGAUUCCCAAGUUUGUGCCAAGCCAGAAGUGUCUUCAAAACAUUCAAGCUGUGACAUUACUCCACAGAAAUCAGUAUAUUUAUUGAAUGAUACAAGACUGGCCAGUGCUCGGAUGGCUUGGCAUGAGUAUCAGGCAACAAUUGCUGGUUCUUUCCCAGAAACUCUUGAUCCAGAGUUCCAGCCUCUGGUCAUUAUGGAGAAAAUUAUAAAAGAGGAGCUGGAACAAAGUUUAAAUAAAGAUUAUGAUAAGAAUUUUGAUGCUGACUUUGAUGAUGAUGAUGAUGAUGAUGAUAUGAAUCUUGGAAGACACUGUAGAAAACGUUAUGAGAGGAAGGGAGUUCAGCAGGCAGCAGACACACAUCACUCUCAGCAAGAAUACAGGCCUUCGAUUUCUACUAAUCACACAAAUACAAAAUUGUUUCCACAAAUUUUGUGUCAUAGACAGACAAAUGUCAGUGAAAACACAAGAAAUUUGAUCAACAGAAAAGAAGUUGAAGAUAAGCUGAAAUUGUUUCUGUCAAGAGAAAAACAGUUUUGUGAAAAGAACUUUGAUGCUAAAAACACCAAGGCCAACAUUAAUAAUGCUGACUUUCAAAAUAUCUUUGGAAGACAAGGUGAUGACUGUGUAGGAGAGAAAAGGCAGACAGCAUGUGGGAAAGAUAAUGCAGUUAGUAAAACUAAGCUGUGUUCCUCUCAACCUUUUCCUAAGCAGCAAAUUAAUAAGUGGAGUAAAGGAGAAUCCAAAUCUGCAGCAGCAAUAGUCUUGAAGAAAGGCUACAGUAUUAGGUAAGUGGUUUAAGACUUGUAGUCUUAUCAUAGGAUGGCUUGUGGUUUAAUUUUUUUUUGUGUAUGUUAACACUCA